CAAUGUGUUUAUACGUUGAAUCACACGUGCUUUUUUCUUUUUUAUUUAUUUCAAAUUGAUCUCGGUAUAUUUAAUCAAACCGGCCAGCACACAUAAUUUUGCUAGCAUUUAAUAACAAUAUACUGAGCUAGUACCUUUCAUAUCAAAAACUAUCGUUAUAGCUGCAGUAUAGUACAAUAACGCGCUGAAAAAAGCGGAAAAAUUAAAAAAAAAACAGUAUUUUUUACACCUGCCUUAACAACUACAUACUGUUACAAGGCAAAUACUUCGAUCAAGUAUAGGCAGCUUUAGUGUACUUUUUUAUCCGAGUUAUAAAUAGUUGUGGUUAGUAACAAAAGUGGACUAUGGCUUCGAUGGUGGCUCAAAGAGGUCCCCCUGUGACAGAGACAUACCAGUUCAACAGUCAGCCCAGAGCAGCCAAGAAUGGGGGUGCAGAUCAGUCUCUUUACAGGGACGAUGACCGGACAGAGGCCAAGUAUGGCAACAUCAUGUACGACAGAAGAGUGGUCCGGGGAAACACCUACGCUCAACACACCCUCCCAGUCACUGCACAACCCGACCCCAUAGAAAUCCAGCGGCAGCAGGAGGCGAGGAGACGCACCAUCGCCCGCAAGAGGGCCAAGGACCAGCUGAAGCCACGCUCGCCCGAGCCAGUGGAGGGCCGCAAACACAUCAACGUCCAGACCGAACUAUAUCUGGAGGAGCUAAGUGACAGAGUGGAAGAGAGUGACAUUGCGGUGCAGACUGAUGCAUUCCUGGACAGACCCCCCACUCCCCUCUUCAUUCCCGCCAAGACAGGCAUGGAUGUGGAGACACAAAUCGAAGAGGGAGACUUGUUUGACUUUGACGUGGAAGUGGGUCCAAUUCUGGAAGUGUUGGUUGGGAAGACACUGGAGCAGAGUCUUCUGGAGGUGAUGGAGGAGGAGGAGUUGGCCAAUCUGAGACAGCAACAAAGGUCAUUCGAACAACUCAGAAAUGCCGAACUAGUCGAACAACAGAGGCUGGAGGAACAGGAGAGGAGACACAGCGAGGAGAAGCUGCGUAGAUUGAACCAGCAGCGAGAGGUGUUGAACAAGGAGAAAGAGACGGCUGACAAAUUAGCCGCUAGAGCAUUCGCCCAGAGCUACCUUUCAGACCUCAUUCCAUCUGUCUUCGGCAACCUCACUGACCAUGGCUUCUUCUAUGACCCAGUGGAGAGAGAUGUGGAUGAGUCAUUCAUUCCAUGGCUCAUGGACCGAGUAGUGGACAAGUUGGAGUCACUAAUCAUCGGAAGAACGGUCAUGGACGGAAUUAUCCGGGAAGUCGUGAGCAAGAGGGAAGCUUCCUUCGUGGCGCUAAGUAGACAACAGACAGGAAUCAAACUGGUCCGCCUUUCUGACAUCGAGAAAGCACGCGACAGAGAAUCGGAGCCGAAUGUUGCUGUCGCAGUGCCGGAGCCUGCGCCCUCCAGUGCAGCCGGCAUGUCUGUGUCCGGAGCGGAGGGAGGCGAGACGGGGGCGGAUGAAACUUCAACUGUGGACGAGGGGGCGGCCCAGAAUGCGACAAACAACGACGAAGAAGAUCCGAGUACUGAACAGGCGGCCGACGAUGACGUCACGAAAGCCGAUGAUGAAGAGGGUAAAGAUGACGAAUGAUCCCUCCAAUCAAAAUGAAUUGCCCAAUGAGAACCUGCUCUACAAAUCCGAAACUGUCUCUUAGCUUCAAAAGAUUUUAAAUUUUAAAUUUGUAAAAGAAUUCAAACCGUGCAUAUAUUUGUUGCAUUUUGAAAAUUCUACCGCUUUUUGAAUGCAAAAUUUGACCAACUAUGCGAAGUCAGAUUGAAAUGAGAGUAGAAAUAAAUGGGAAGAAAAAGUUACGAAUAUUC